UGUGCCUGGUGAUCCACAUGGGGAUUGGCUCCAGGUUCUCUGUGACUCUGGGCAGGAUAAGAGGAAGCUCUGAGGGAAAGCUGCGCGAGCCACCAUUUCGGUUUGUUUACUUCCGGUAUGGCGCUGAUGAAAUGAAAUGAAAAGUCUCAGUAUAACAUGUAACGUGUAAAGUGGCUGUGAUGCGCUUGUGGGGUAUAAUAACGCUGUGAGAACCGUGUGAGCAGUUAUAACGCAUCAGACUGCUUUAAACUCUCCGUUAUUCGGAACAGACAGUUAAAGCAGGACAAAGUUUACACGGGAAUUCUGUGGUUUGAGCAUCGCUCUGUCAGGACAUUCUUAACAUUCUCAAACCCUCACAAUGAGAAACAGACAGCGAGGAUUUAACCUAGGCCUGCUCCUGCUGGCGUCUCAGGUGUUCCAGCUCGGCACAGACAACAUCCCUCCUGCUACACUGGUGACACUCGGCCUUAACGUCUACCUCUUCCUGUUUCCUGUUAAACCCAUUAUGCAGACAUGUGUCAGCAUACAGCAGGUGUUCUGGCGUGGAGACUGGCGUCGUCUCCUGUUGUCCCCUUUCCACCACGUCGACGACUGGCACCUUUACUUCAACAUGGUGUCCUUCCUCUGGAAGGGCGUCAAACUGGAGCGCAGGCUCGGCACCGCCUGGUUCGCCUACAUCCUGUCAGUCUUCUCUCUGCUUACCGGAUUGGUCUAUCUGCUCCUGGAGGCGGGGCUAACGGAGCUGAUGGAUGAUUGGUCCUUCAGCAUGCAGUGCGCUGUAGGGUUUUCGGGUGUUCUGUUUGGGCUGAAAGUUGUGAACAAUUAUUAUAACCCGGGUGGAGUCCAAUACAUCAUAGGCUUUCCAGUAUCCAAAAGAUACGCAUGCUGGGUGGAGCUAGUUCUCAUUCACAUCCUGAACCCAGGGACCUCCUUCGUCGGGCAUCUGUCUGGAAUUUUGGUGGGGCUUCUCUACACUACUGGCCCCCUCAGAAUACUAAUGCAAACAUGUGCAGGUUUUGUUAGCGGUCACGGAAACUACAGCAGAAGUCGCACGCACUACAACUCGUCAGGUCGUAGUGGAUAUAGAAUGCAGGACACUCCAAACAGCCGUCCUGACGACGGCCAGGGUCUCCGUUACAGAGCCGAGCCGUCAGCGCCUUCUCACCCGUACACAGCCGGUCUGUCGGAGCAGGAGCAGAUCGAGGCAGCACUUAUUGCCAGCCUGCAAGACCAAAGACAGCGAGCUCACAGCAGACCACCGUAUGGGUUCAACACCAACUCUGAGAUCACCACGGAGGAAAUACGUCAACGCCGACUUCAGAGAUUUAACAUAAAAUAAACAAGCAAAGACCUUUAAAAGCUUAUAACUUCUAAUGAUACACGUCUACACGAGGCCUUCAUACAGACGGGAAGGUUUUCUCAGGAUGGCUAACGUGUCUCUGGUGGACGCGCACUUUCAGACCUCCUAACUGCAGAUGUCUCUGUCCUGAAACCUGGCUUUUAUUCCUCUUUUAUACACAGUCAUAUACGCCAUUGUAUAUUCAGUCAUGAUAAACAUCACGAGUCUUUGAUUUAAUCACACUGAAUAUGAAAGUUUAUUUUUGUAAAUAAAUCCUACAUUUUGGAAGCACCUUU